AUGUAAUUUUAAUUUCCCUUAUAAAAAGCACUUUAAACAAAUCAAAAUGGAAUUAGUGUGAUAAAUGCCUAAAAUACUCGAAGAAAUAGUUUUCUAGAUGAAGUAAUAGAUAAAAUGGGUGAAGCUUCAGCGAUUGUAUAAAUAAUAUACAAAUCUAUACUUAGGCAUAAUAACUAAAACAAAUAAUAACUACUGCUAGUAGAUUUUAUGGAAGUGAUUAGAGAGUUUAUUUGAAAUCAGAUGGUAAAGUAUGUUAAUUGAGAAAUAUCAUAGAAUUGUUAAGGUUUAUUGAAGGUUGGGAGAAAGAAUCUAUUUUAUAGAGAUUAUAAUGGAUAAAUAAAAGAAUUAUAACCACUUUGUGUAUUAGAUUUUUAUGUUCAUGAAAGUGUUUAAAGAAUGGGAGUAGGAAAAGAAUUAUUUGAAGAGAUGUUGAAAAAUGAGUAGAUUAAACCAGAAAAAUUAGCAUAUGAUAGACCUAGUCAGAAAUUGAUUGGUUUUCUAAAUAAGCAUUAUCAUCUUAACUAAUAUAUACCUCAAAAUAACAAUUUUGUUAUUUUCAAUUAAUUCUUCAGUUAGAAUAACUAACCUCAAAUAGUAGAAGGACGAAUUCAAAAAUAUGGAAGGAAUUCUUAGAUUGAUUAAUUAGAUAUUAUGAUGUAAUAGAUAUCUCAGAAUAAGAUGAAUUAAUAAUAACAAUAAACAUAAUAAAAAUAAAUUUACUAAAUGAAUCCUCCUUGGGCAAUAGAUAAGAGUACUAAUGUUUAUAAUAAUAAUAUAAAUUUACAACAACGAACUCAUGUUUAUAAAAUUAAUUGA